AUGGCCGGCGUGGCGGAAUCACAGAGCCGGAUCCACUGCAUGGACUACCGCAGCAUCUCGAUGGCCAAGUACGACAAAAUCACCUGCUUGGAGAUGGCUGAACACUUGGGCAUCUUUGAAAUCACCAACUUUCUCCGACAGUGCCGAGAAAUGCUUAAAGACGACGGUGUCAUGCACCUCCAGAUUGCCGGCAUCCAGCAGUCGUGCCAGUGUCGCACAAGUAUACGAUUACAGUCCUACAUGUACUCGGACCGGGUGAUCCUGUUUUUCUACCCGCUCGAGGAACACAAUGGCUUGUCGGCCUGCCUAGCUCAGCAGUCGGCGCCCACGAGCUCUUUGUCGAGCUUCGAGAGACGAACCACACCAUCCCUGGACCCAAGCUCGCGCAUGACAGUCUCCAUGUGCACAUCGUCUCUACGAAAACGUAUACGGGAGAUUGGAAAUCUAACUCCGAUCAUGUUUGAAGAGACCGCGCUCAGCUUCGACAAGCUUUAA